AUGACCACCAAGAAGAUACUGACCUCGGACAGCCACCCGCUCAAGGUGGACUUUGUGGCCGACCUGCCCACCCAGGGCAAGCUCGGGAUGACCUUUGCGCCGGGCAAGUUCCAGGAGAACACCCCUACGGGCAACAACUGGCACCGCGACGUGGCCACCGACGUACGGGUGCUGAGGGAAACGCACGGGAUAGAGGUGCUGGUGUCCCUGCUGGAAGACUUUGAGUACACGCAGCUCCAGAUCGAGCACCUCUUUGCGACGUGCCGGGAACACGGCAUUGAAGUCAUCCACUUCCCCAUCGUCGAUGGAGAGACGCCGGUGUCGCUGGAAGACACCCACGCCGUGGUGAGCAAGAUGCAAGCCCACCUCGAAGCCGGCCGUAAUGUCGUCCGUAUGCGGGCCGACGCGUUCGAGCUGCUCGGCCUGGACCCCAGCGACGUCCUGGAUGCGGCGAAGAAAGAGGCAGUCAACAGGCGCUACCGCGCGAUCAGCCCGUUCCUCCACCCGGACAAAGCCAACAUGCGGAACGGCACCCUGUUCAGCCUCAUGGUGGAAGCUCGCGACUUCUUGUUGAACCCUGACACCAACUUCAAUCUCCUCGUCAACUUCCAAGGCAUGAGCGAUGGUGAGUCCGAAGAUUCAUGA